AUGGAUAACACCGCUUUCUUGAUGGCUCAUCCUGCUUUUGGAUUUGGGACAUAUUGGGUUGGAUUCUUAGUGGAUGCGGUUUUAUUAGGCGUCAUUCUUCAACUCUGCGCGACAUGGGCAAUAACAUCGGGGAAAGAGAGCCCGAUUAUAAAGAUACUGGUGUGGUACCUCGUCAUUCUCAGCUUGGCCAUAACCAUAUUUAUAUCGGCAUUUGCAUACCAUUUAUUUAUAUUCAACUUUGGUAACUACUCCGCGUUCUCAGAUGCUAAUGACGCCGGAAUGGGAAGUACCAGUUCCGCUAUUGCUGCGAAAGUGUUAGCUCCUGAUCCGAGCAAACUCUACACAGUGGAAUACCUUGUGUUGGGCUGGAUCAUCUGUGAAGCUCUCAACGACGUCUUGACCACUUCUGUGAUAGCUUUUUACUUGAUAAGGAGUAGGAGCGAAUGGUCAGAGACUAAUCAAAUUAUCACAAAGUUACUCUUAUUAGUGGUCGAGACUCAGCUCCCACCCACCAUGAUGGCUUUAGUAUUUCUCGUGUUUUAUAUAGCUGCUCCGAAUACCACUCUGAUAGCUUUCUUCGUCUGUACACCCAAAGUCUACGUCACAUGUCUUUUAUUCGUCCUAAAUGCCAAAGUCAAACUUCAAAGAGAAAUCUCUUAUGUACAAGGACGAUUAGGAACUAGUAAUGCUGCUCAGUAUAAUCGUUCUUCGGUUAUACAGAUCUCGAAUAGAUCAAGUUCAAGGACACCACAAAGGUUGAGCGGGAUACAAGUUACCACACAAACCAUAACGCGACUCUCUGAUAAAUCCCCUCACUCCCCUUCCCAGACUUCCAUCCCUCCACCUUGGGCAGUUAACAAUCAAACGUCACACGAAGUGAAUACCAUGAAAUUGAGAACAAACGAAUAUCUGACAAAUCUAACCUUAACCAUUUCUGAUAAUAUCAUUCGCAGUCCAUUAAAAACCCUUCUUCUUUCGUUUCGUGUCCAAGCUUCUAGAUCAAACGUUCUGAUCAAGCCACAAGCCAUCAACCACUAUGCUGUACAUCAUUUCAUCUCUGUACCUGUACCUGUGACGGUCGGAAGCCGUGACCCUUCGGAGCGUUAUGGGGGAUGGCGUGACCGUCAGAAGAUCCGUGCCACUUCGAAGGGUCAUGGUUGUGGGACCAUGACCCACAGAAGGAUUGCUCCUCACUGA